AUGUCAGAUAAUGAGGGCCCUAUGGGCUCAGUGCCUGGCGAUGACGACCUCUCGCUUCCCAAAGCGACUGUAGCGAAGAUGAUCUCCGAACUGUUACCGGAUGACAUGACAUGCGCGAAGGAAACCCGCGAUUUGGUGAUUGAGUGUUGUGUAGAAUUCAUCCACUUGAUCUCCUCCGAGGCGACGGAGAUAUGUGAACAAGAAGCAAAGAAAACCAUUGCUCCAGACCACAUCAUAUCCGCCCUCCAGCGCCUGGGCUUUGAAUCAUUCACGCAAGAAGUGAAGAGUGUUUUGAACGAUCACAAGAAGCAGCAGAAGGAUCGGGAAAAGAAAACAUCAAAGCUAGACAGGUCCGGCAAGACCGAGGAGGAGCUCUUGGCAGAACAAGAAGCUCUCUUCGCAGCGAGUCGAGCGAAUUACCAGGCGAAUCAAGUGCAGGCUCAACAACCACAACCAUAA